CUAGAAUCUAUCAUCUACCACCAUUCAAAGGUCCUUUAGCUCCCUAGGAUUUAUCAUCUACCAUGGCGCUGUGUGUGUGAGGGAGGGAGAAGACCCCGGACACCGGAGACAAUGGGCUCCAGGGUGAAGCAAAACCCGGAGAACACAUUUGAAGUUUAUGUGGAAGUGAGCCGUCCUGGAGAAAAUGCAUCUAGACAAGAUCCUGAGCUGCAGAGGAUCUUCCCAGAAGACUUCAGUGACCAGGAAGUCCUCCAGACCGUCACCAAAUUUUGCUUCCCGUUCUCCUUAGACAGCCUCUCGGCCAGCCAAGUAGGGCAAAACUUCACAUUUGUGCUGACUGACAUUGACAGCAAGCAUAGGUUUGGCUUCUGCCGGUUAUCUUCAGGCGCUAAAAGCUGCUUUUGUAUCUUAAGCUACCUCCCAUGGUUUGAAGUCUUUUACAAGUUGCUCAACAUCUUGGCGGAUUACUCUUUGAAAAACCAGGAUAACCAGCGUAAUGAACUCCUGGAGACUCUCUAUAGACUGCCUAUCCCAGAGCCUGGAAGUGAAGUCCAUCUUAGCGUGCAUUCCUAUUUCACCGUGCCUGAUUCUCGAGAGCUGCCCAGUAUUCCUGAGAAUAGAAACCUGACUGAAUAUUUUGUGGCCGUAGAUGUGAAUAACAUGCUGCACCUCUAUGCCAGUAUGUUGUAUGAGCGCAGGAUCCUAAUUUGUUGCAGUAAACUUAGCACGCUGACUGCCUGUAUCCAUGGAUCGUCCGCCAUGUUAUUUCCAAUGCACUGGCAACAUGUUUACAUCCCCGUUCUUCCUCCGCACUUGUUGGACUACUGCUGUGCUCCAAUGCCCUACCUCAUAGGAAUACACUCAAGCCUAAUGGAAAAAGUGAAAAGUAUGAGCCUUGAAGACGUGGUGGUUCUAAAUGUAGACACUAACACUCUGGAGACUCCUUUCGAUGACCUUCAGAAUCUACCAAGUGAAGUGGUAUCUGCAUUAAAGAACAGACUGAGAAAGGUGUCCACAACAACUGGAGACGGGGUGGCGCAAGCUUUCUUAAAAGCCCAAGCUUCUUUGUUUGGCAGCUACAGAAGUGCCCUCAAAAUUGAGCCAGAGGAGCCAAUUACCUUUUGUGAAGACACAUUUGUGUCCCACCGUUCCAGUGGGAUGAGACCAUUCCUUCAAAAUGCGAUUCAGCUUCAGCUCUUUAAACAGUUCAUAGAUGGGCGUCUUGACCUGCUGAACACUGGAAAUGGAUUCAGUGAUGUCUUUGAAGAAGAGAUAAAUAUGGGCGAAUAUGCAGGCAGUGACAAGCUCUACCAUCAAUGGCUAUCAACAGUAAAAAAAGGAAGCGGGGCCUUUCUUAACACCAUGAAGACCAGAGCUAAUCCAGCCAUGAAGACUGUCUACAAGUUUGCUAAGGACCACGCCAAAAUGGGAAUUAAAGAAGUAAAAAACCGCCUGAAACAGAAGGACCUGACUGAAAAUGGAUGUAGUGUAGCUGUGGAAGAACCACUUCCAAGGAUGUCUCCUUCACCAUCUGCUGAGAAGAAGGAUCUGAAAACCAGGGAGGAAAGAAGACCCAUCACAGUUCAUUUUGGCCAGCAGGAAAAGCUUCCCCCUCCUCGACCUCCUCCACCAAGGAUCCAGCGCAACACCGUACCCGUCCGUCCCCCGAGACCCAAUGUUGCUCGCCGGCCCAAAAGUAACGCUGUGGUGGAGAGCCGUAGGACUUCAAUCUCCAGCCCUGACCACGUUGUGAAGCCCACGCGCCACUAUACUGUCUUCCUUUCUGAAGAUUCUUCUGAUGAUGAGUUCCUGCAGGAGGAGGAUCCUGUUUCUGCUUUCUCUGAAAACUUUAUCUUCUCUGCUCCCUUUGAAUGGCCCCAGCAGUAUCGAACAUUGAAGGAAUCAGAUGCUGAUGGUGAUGAGAUUAUCAGUCCAGAAAAGGAAAGUGAUUCAGUGCUUGACCAGGAGCCAUCACAUAAGGAGGUCCCAAAUAUCAAUCUACUAGAAGAUAUCUUUAGUAAUUUCAGUGUGGAAUCACAACCACCACUUUUAAGUCAAGCCAAAAGUUUGGAAGAUUUGAGAACCCCCAAGGAUAAUCAUGAAGACCAUUUUACAUUUGAUUAUCAGAGAAUGGAUCUCACAGUACCAGAAAGAAAUCGAUUGGUGCCACCAAUGAAAUACAACCACCCGUACAAUAAACUGUGGAGCAUGGGGCAAGAUGACAUGGCUAUUCCUAACAAAUAUCUCCAGGUUUCACCUGAGGAACAGACAUCCCUUCCUGGGAGCGACACCAGUACUCCACAUAGGGAAAUUACUUCAUUAUCUGUUGAUAAAGAAGGAACAUCUGGCAUUAGCAGCCAUGGUAACAUCACCAUCCCGAGACCACAUGGAAGGAAAACGCCAGAGUUGGGAAUCGUUCCACCCCCACCAGCACCUAGAGUCUCUAAGCAGCAAAAUGUACCAGCAGUAGCUGAAUCAGGCACACUACAGCUUGGGGAGAACAUUUGCUUUCCUUUGCAAACUAUACAAGGACCCUUUGGAGAACCAUCAGUAUCGGAUGGACACAGACAAGUUUCUGAUUCUAGUUCUAUGGAUUUGUUACAGCCUGUUAAAGUUUCUACUGAUAUAUCUGUAAAUGAUGAUAUUCUUAGUCUUUUAGAUCCUUUAAUGGCAGCUCAGGGCCAGAGUGACCCCAUGCAUCCUCUAGGUAGUGGUCUUCAGAGCUCUGAAGCACCACACUACUCCAGCACUCCAUGUUUUACCUCUCUACACAGUGAUUUUACUCCUGCAGCUUUCCCUCACCAGUUAGGAUAUUCCACACCACAACCUGCAUUUAUACAUUCACCCCUUAACCCAUUUAUUCAAGCAAUGCCACCGGACCAUUCUAUCUCUGUGAUAGGCAUUACAGCGAGACCAUUUACUCCACCAGUUGUCUCCAACUCUCCUUUCUCAAGGUCUGUUUUUUAUCACAGCCAGAGACGCCCAACUCCAGCUUUGCCAGGAAGUAGCUCACUAAGCAAUGUUCCAUCUGGCAUGACAGUCAACACGUUAAUGCAACAAAGUCAAAUGACUUCAGAAACACGGCAAAACAUUCCACCAAUUAUGACUGGCCUAUCUGGCCAUAGAACUUUCCCUAUGACUAAGCCUCCGGCCAAACCUAAAGACAAGCCCAGGGAGUAUCCAGCCAUACCUCCUAGACCUUCAAAAAAUUCUGACCCUGUCCUUCUCCCUUCUAGACCAGGUCAGCCCAAGGAUCCUUUUGACGAGCUGCUGUCCAAAACUAAAGAAGCAGUAACUCCAACACCAGGCAAAGUAGAACAACUCCGGAAGCGAUGGGAGACUUUUGAGUAGGAUUUAAAUUUCUAGAUUUUGGUUGAGGAGCAAGUGGUCCAGUAGUUAAAAGAACUUGUGGAAUGACCAGGAAAUCAAAUAUUUGCUCUCAAAUUUCAGACAUUUUGGAAUUAAAGGCUUUAAUCACAGUUGACUGAUUAUACUCUUUAGUCUUGGGUGACUCCCAGUUUUUCACUGUUGUCUACUUGACAACUUUCUGGUUGGAAUUUGUCUUGAUGUAGAACUACUGAAUCCAGCGCUUUAUCAUAAAAAAAAACAGCUUCUGAUGCUGUACAGACAUCGCAGUAUGUGGUCUGUCAAGGACUGUAAAUUGACACUUUGCUUAUCUAGUUAACUCCCCACCGAGUCCCCGGGAAGUGCUAUAUGAUGUGUUAGCACACGUUAUUACCAUGUGCUGCAGUUUAUAAAGCAGCACGGUUUUUAGUUUUCUGUAGCAAAUUUGAUCAUUGUGAUAGCAAAUGUGAUCAUUGUGGUGAAACACUCAGUUUUGUAUAAAGAUUUUACAGACACUUAAGGAUCAAAUAGUUGAUAGCUGUGUAGAAGAACACAUACACUUGUUGAUAGCAAUUUCUGUGACUUAAUACACAAUGCCUUCAGGCUCCACAACAAGAUCUAAUAGUAGUUGCUACUCUAGGUCCUCGACACAUCAGUUGAUAUAAAGUAGAUGUUUUAGGUCCCACAACUUGAUGUUUUGGAUCACCAAAAAUGAUAGUCCUUAAGUAUCUAGGGCACAGAAUGUACUAGUUUCUAGUGUAGUUUGCACACUAUAUUAUCUACAUACUCUCUGCGUGCAAGACCAACAGACCGUGUUUAGGUGAUGUUCUCUCUUAGCUGAGCCAUAGAAAAGUGGAUUUGAGUCAAUAUAAGUGUCAAUAUACACAACCUAUCUUACUGUUCUGUAUAUUGUUUGCUACGUACAGGUAGGCACUAGGUAGGCUCACAGAAGUUCUGUACUACACAAUAAGACAACCUGGGGUAAUUUUUUUUUUUCCAUUGAUCACUUAUCUGACUAAAACCACUUAGUUGGCUCUGGCUUCUGCCAUGAAAUAAAAGACAGGAACCCUUGCAUGUGAGCUCUGCACCAAUACACAUGGAGCAGUAUAGAUGUAUACGUGGUUUGAUCAUAAUAUCCAGUGUUAAACGCUUUUAAAUUUCUUCAAAAAGUUAUUUUAAACGUUUCAGUUUUUCCUGCUGGUUCCAGUCAUGGUUGACAGGAGUAUUUUUGUGAAAAGUAGUUUUUAGUUUUUUUGUUUCUUUUUGAGAAUGUUGCUUUUCAGCUGCCUUAAGCCUGAGCUGAAAUGGUCAAAGAAGUUGAUAUUUGGUAGAACUAAGCUGCUUUACUUCCCCUCAUUCGCUCUGUCGUACAUACUACAGCUUUAUUUUUCAUUCAUUCAUUUUUUUUGCAAUGUGAAAUUGUCUUUUUGGAGCUUUACAGGGACAUUUGUGGCCAGUGUGCCCAUUUACAGCAUGUAAUACUGCCAAAGCGAGAGAGCAUAACUGCAUCCAGUGGUUGUGAUGUAAUGUACAGAUUUUUUGUAGACCAUGAGCCCCCAAAAUCAACAAAUGUCUAACAGACAGAUGAGCUACAGUCUUGGUUACUGGUAAAGUACAAACCUAAUAUGUUAUUCAGCCAGUAAUGUCUACUAGUUGUGAUAUAACGGCUAUCCUCAUUGUGCAGGGUGAAUGCAGUGAUUUUGAUAUUAGGAACUAUAAAUUGUGGCUCCUGGAAAAUGUAUUAUUUUGUCGUCAAGUCAAUUUGGUCUUUAGAGUUCAAAUUCUGUAUAACCUAUUACACCAUGUAGUUACAUCGCAACAUGCUAUAUGGACACCACAUGCAACAAUUGUCUAUACAGCCUAUAUGUAUGGGUUAGCUGAUGGAGCAGUCUGGAUAUUAAGUCGGGACUGAGUGCCAAGUUUUGUUCGUAUCCCCUAUCCACAGUAGAGCUCGCAACUAUUUCCAGCAGUCCCAUAAUGAAUGGAGCGGCAGAGUGCAUACUCAACCUGCUGCUCCAUCAGGACAGGGAAUGAGAUUCUUAUUCCUGGUCUCGAGAUAAGUGCUGGACCUACACCAAUCAGUUAGUUGUCCCCUAUCCUGUGGAUAGGGGAUAACUUUUUAAACUUUGCACAACCACUUCAAAGGGGUUGUCCAGGAUUUUACUAUGAAUGGCCUCUGCUCAGGAUAGGUCAUCAGAAUCUGAACGGCGGUGGUCUGACACCCCCACCAAUAAGCUAGGUCAUCAGAAUCUAAACGGCGGUGGUCUGACACCCCCACCAAUCAGCUAGGUCAUCAGAAUCUGAACAGCGGGGGGCUGACACCCCCACCAAUAAGCUAGGUCAUCAGAAUCUGAACAGCGGUGGGCUGACGCCCCCACCAAUCAGCUGUAACAGGCAAGCAACGGAACUACCAGGCUUCGUCUGCUUUGUCAUGAAUGAAGCUGGUUACUGCAGUUCUGCACCUGUUGAAGUGAAUGGAAGCAGCGGUGCAGUAUCCAGUUAAGUCAAGUACACAGUGGACGUUGCUGAGUAGUCGUUGCUGGAUCUACCCCAAAACAUUUGAGUAGAGAAAGUGACAGUUAUAGGACUCCUGCCAGUCAGAUAUUAAUGACCUGUUCAGAGGAUAGACCAUCAAUAGUAAAAUUCUGAACAACCCCUUUUAGGCAAAGGCUAAUUUCACGCUAGCGUUUGUCAGGGAACAGCCUGCCGGAUCUCUCUGUAUCUGGCCUUGCCGGAAUCUACAUUGAUGCCAUCUGGCACAGAUCCGGACACAACCUGGCUAAUAUGCAGAGAAUCGGCUCCGGAACAAUUUGCCGGAUCUGACAAACGCUAGUGUGAAACUAGUCUUUCAUUCUACACUACUUUCGGCUCGGAUGUACAUUGGCCAGAUCAGGACACUCUUUUGGCAUACCUCUGACUAACAGACGUCUGUGGGCACAUUAGUUGUAUGCACAGAGAAUAUUUACACUGAACAUGUUGCCCAUUUGCAGUGUGAACUACUACUUCUUUGUGGGAGGCCCUCCCUGCUAUACGUUCAGGGCUCCAGAUGGUGACUAAAAUAUAAUUAAGCUCCUAAUUUUUAAACUUAGGAGCCAAAGGUGCCCAAGUGACUUUUAAGUCCUAGAGCCCUGUGGCAUAGAUGUAAACGAUGACAUUCUGGUUGCCUGCAGCCACCACUAGGGGGAUGAUAGGAAGUUACUGCAUACUGUGUUAUUAUUGACUUCAGUAUAUGCAAUAAGCUUCUGUGGUCCCUCUAGUGGUGGCUGCAAGUAGCUAGAAUAUUUAAUUUGGUUGCUAAACUUUUAGACUAAGGAGUCAAAGGUCACUUUUUUAUGCCUGUAUAUGUCUAGCUAUAAUGCCCAAAAUGGACAGGACUGGAGUGCUGCUGCAGGUAACUCCUGUAUAGAGUCUUUAGAGAAUGUAUAUAAAAAUUCCAAAUUAAUUGCCUACAUAAGGAGAGAUAAGGGAAUGACCUGUCAUUUUAUUAUGUGUGUAGGUUUGGUGCUUAACAUUAUUGACCAAAAACGCCUUCACCCCAGAAUGGUAGAGAUUACGAUGUACUUACAUAUGUAUAUCUACAUAUAACACUGUCAUAAUGACCCCAUGAUCAGCACUUUUUUUCUCAUUUCAGGGUGUCUGUAAGCUUUCGACUGCCAGAAAGACCCUCUCUGUAAUAAGUUAUGUUGUAGUAUUGCUUACUGUCUGUCUCAGCGAUACUCUCUGUUACAUUUACAGUGUAUUAUACCUCUGCUGCUUGCACCUCUCAUUGUGUUCCUGGCAGUGAGGUGCCUGUGCAGUGCAAUACAAGUGACCCAGAAAAGUGUGGAGGCGGAUGCUGUACCUGGAUCCCAGAAAAUGCACCACCCCACCUGCUGGUCAAGAGAUGUUACUGCAACCUUACUUUGCAUUUCUUUUGCUGGACAUAGAUGAAGAUCAGACGCCGUCUAUUGAUUUAAUAUGAAUCUACAUUGAAAUAUUCUAUAUCAGGAUAGUAAACUAUUGUGCUUUCCGGCUGGAUGAGACUGGAAUUAUAAAUUGUAUAAGAUGAAAGAUGAUAAGAUGGAUGCAUUGUGUAACAUUACUGCACUGAUAAUUUAUGGCAGAAAGUGCUUAUCGGGUCACCAUUGUUGUGUGAUUAAUGUGUAUUACUUGCUGGAAAGCUCUGGUCACUGAUGACUCUUAUAUUGUUGCUGGUUUAGAGGUUUGUCUUGUAGCGAAGCGUUAAAGUGGGCCUGUCCUAUUGUAGUUGUAAAGAGAAGUAAUGCCACUUGUGGCCACUAAGUGGUGGUGUAGGCCAUUCUCUUCAAAGAAAUUGAUUGAAAAAUUAGGUCAACCCUCAACAAUGUAUAGCAUUCUUAUAUUAUGUGAUCAGUUCUUGUCACGGCUGGGGGUGUUGGGCUUUGUGUGUAUGUACAUUACAUCCCCAUAGACCCAUGUUUUAAUGCAUUGGUCUCUAACUUGUGGAACUCCAGAGGUUGCAAACCUACAACUCCCAGCAAGCCAUGCAGCUAUCGGAGCAUUCUGAGAGUUGUAGUUUUGCAACCACUGCAGAGACGCAGGUUGUAGACCACUGAACGUGGCGUCUGCUUUUGAAAGGUCAUGUAUAAUUCACAUUGCUGAUAAUUUUAUUGUUUCUAGUCCCGAGAUAAGCGUCAAAGUUGCAUGUCACUGGUCUGGCUGAUAACCUCCGGCUGAAAGUUACAUAUAUGUUGCACUGGUUGUGCCUAUGCAAUUAUCCAUUUUGCAUAUGGAAAUGGUGAAUGCAGUUUAGAUCCCGGAUAUACAUGCGGGGUCAGGUAAUGGAGAUUACAGGUCCAUUUUAAUCGCUUGGAUAUUUGUUGCUACUCAAAUUACAGAGCAACUCUGCAUAUUCUGCAUGUGACAUGCAGUCCAUUUUAACCCUUCAUAGUGUUUUGUUCUUAAAUAUAAAGAUUUUAUUUUGCUGUGGGCAGAGACUGGAGAUGUGUGUGUGUUUGUGGCAGGCAGUGAACGGGUUAAACGCGCAUUUUCUUUUAUACAGUUGACGUGCAUGCACAUUUCAGUGAUGAUAAGUGUUCACUGUCUCACAGAAAAAGUAUUUUUCUAUCAUUUAUACCUUUUUAUCCUGUGUGUAAAACACAAAAGAAAAAAAAAAGAAAAAUCUGUUUUUUUUUUUAAGCUCGGUGAAAUAGUGUGCACUUUACAAAGCCGUGAAAAUGAAUCUUGUGAAACCUACAGGAAAAUAAAUAUCUACAGCCAGCUAC